AAAAUGGGUUUUGGUCAUGAUGAUGACACGUGAUAGUGUGAAGAAAUCGCUUCGAGUUCAGCUGCUCGCCUCGCCUUUCCGCCAAGGCGCACCAAGGGAGCUCGAAGUUCGCCCAAGUCCCAUGAGCAGCCCUGAUACUCCCCUCCCCGCCGGACAAGAGCCGCGGAUCCAAGCCGGUCGCUCGGCAUGAGCCUCAACGAGCACUCCCUGCAGGCACUGUCCUGGAGGAAGCUCUACCUCAGCCGGGCCAAGCUCAAGGCGUCCAGCCGUACGUCGGCGUUGCUCUCCGGCUUCGCCAUGGUGGCUAUGGUGGAGGUCCAGCUGGAGAGCACAGACAGCUACCCGGCUGGGCUGCUCAUCGCCUUCAGCGCCUGCACCACCGUGCUGGUGGCUGUGCACCUUUUCGCACUGAUGAUCAGUACCUGCAUCCUGCCCAACAUCGAGGCUGUCAGCAACGUGCACAACCUCAACUCGGUGAAGGAGUCGCCACACGAGCGCAUGCACCGCUACAUCGAGCUGGCCUGGGCCUUCUCCACCGUCAUCGGCACGCUGCUCUUCCUGGCCGAGGUCGUCCUGCUCUGCUGGGUCAAGUUCCUGCCCGUCAAGCCUCCGUCGGGUGAGGGCAAUGGCACCAUGAGUUCUGGGAGGGCAGCUGCGAUCGCCUCCACCUUCAUCAUGGUGCCCUUCGCCCUGGUCUUCAUCGUCUUCGCCGUGCACUUCUACCGCUCGCUCGUCAGCCACAAGACAGACCGGCAGUUCCAGGAGCUGGAGGAGCUGUCUAACAUCACACGGCUUCAGAACGAGCUGGACCACAGAGGGGAGGCGGCCAGUGUCUCGCGCUUCCCGUAGCGGCUUGCGGGGGGGAGGCAGCUCUGAAGAUGACUGCAGCCGUGAAUAUUCACGCUGCACAAACGCGCAUCAGCUGUGUUUUGCUCUUGUUCUGUAUAUCUUAUUUCCAUUUGAUUUCUGUUUGGUUUCUGUUGCGUCUGCAAAAUAGCCAGCCCAUAAAGAAUGCUUCCCUGAUUUAUUUAUGCGUGAAAUGCCUUUAUUUCUGAUGUGGUGUUUGGUUUUCACAAAGAACAGUAAUUUUAUUCCAGUGGCCAACAUAUAUCUCUGUAUGUUACAGCUUUUAAUUUCUUUUUCUUUUUUUGAGUUGUUGAAGCAGGCGUUGCACACAAAGGCAAUGCCUCCUUAAGACGUCAUGUGGUCAUUACGGUUUUCUGCCACUAGUGGGCCAUGUAUUGAUCACAGAUAUUGCAUUUGGUUAUGCAUUGAAGGAUAGUGACCACUGGUGGCACAUUUCGAUAUGCAGGGGAUAAUUCUGUUUUCUUGACUGUUUUUCUUUCCUCCAUCACGUAUAGAUGAGGGUCAGAAAAAAUCCUGGGGAUCAUGGAAAAAUGCUUUCUGGAUGUUUUAUAGCUGUCAGGCGUGUGAACAGCGUUGGCUUGUCCACACACACAUAUCUGUAGCAGGCAGGUGUUCCAAUAGCUAUGUCUGUUAUGAUUGCUAUUGAUAUUCAUGUCACUCCUUGUAUGUUUUCAUUAGUCCUGGCACUGACGAUGAGACUGUUUUCUACAUCUACAUAAAUCUGGGUUUUUCCCCUGCGUGACUGUCGGACAGAAAUGCAGCUCUCUGCCUCUUCUUUCUCCGGAAGCACUGAGAGCAGCUUUCUGCCAUCGGUGGAGCUAACCGCCCCACUACCUACUGUUUUUAUUUUUAUUACCACUGGUGUGAUUAGAUAAACUGCAAGGAACCUUGAAAUAUGUCAAUAGCUUAGUUGCUAGCAAGUCUACAUUCAUUGUACAUUGUAAAUGUGUCUGGCAGCCUGGCCUAGGAAUUUGGGCCAGCUUAUACUUGGCAAGUGCUGUGACCCUCUAGCGACAUCUUGUGGUAAAUUUGUGGCAAUCUGCAACAUGCCUUUUUAAAGAGGAUCAGAGUUGUAUCUUCGAUAUUUUCAGAUGAAACUACGAUCUGAGCCAAAAACUGAUGAUAUUGCUUUUUGUGCCAUGAAAUAUGAUCAGCAUCUCCAAAUGUGAGUUUUGCCAAAAUAUCAAUGCCGAAUGAUUUCAGAGUAAAUAAUGUUUGUCUGUUAUGAUGUGCUCAUUUUUAUUGCCACUGCUUAGGCUGCUGAAAGUGAUUAACAUACAAAUCUGAAAGAUUUAUGCACUGUUUUUAAAUGUAGAAACAUGCCCUUUGUAAUCACUCUGGUUAAUGAUUGUCUUCACUUGCCAUGUUUCGUCAUUACGAAGGUGAAAUAGUGCCCCAAAAUGCAAACCCACAGAGUUGUUACUCUGUGUUGGGUAACAGAUGAAACUGAAACACUGUCAAUCAAUCAUUUACACAAGUAAAUUAUAGCAAAAGUGUGUUCAGACUUAAACAGGUGAAUAUAUCAAUGUGUAAAUAAAUCUCAAAUACACUUCA